AUGAGACUCAACCGGUCGAGGUCCAAUGUCCCCAAGACUAUCCCCGCUGCCGCCAACUGGCGAGUCCCUUCUUCGCCCUCCGCCACCGGAGCCGAGAUGACCGGCACCGAAUCUUCGGCUGAUGAGUUACCGUGA